UCCAUAAGGAUAACUUGAAAUAUGAAUACAAACCCAAGCUCAAUCUCGAAGCUAUGAAACUCACCGAUGAAGAUAUCCGACUGCUGGAAUUUUCUACGCAUCAAGAAUAUCUUCAAAGUCUCGUCACCACCCAAGACUUGCGGUAUCUUGGACACAAACAAAAUGGACUCCGAUUGUACCAAACUGGAUAUAGAUCACUUACGAAAGCAGCGUUUGAGAGUCGUCGGAGUGAAAUUGGGGAUUUCUUAUACGCUACUCAGGAUCCUAAUGUUUAUUUCAGUCGUGGUCUUCAAACGACAAACACAUUUCUUGCUGAGCUAGCCACUAGAGAAAGACCUAAUCGUCUCGGAAUUUUAUCUACUAUCAUCUAUAUUCGAUACUGUCGGAAAAAUGCGGAAAUUUCUGGAUACAUUGAUUAUGAGCAAGCUUUGCGACGAACUAACAAAGAUAAGGAAAACGCACUGGACUGGAAGGCUAUUUUCAAAGAAGAACGAACUCUAUACCCAACCAAAAUUGAUUUAUCUUAUUACAACUCCAAAACAGAUCGGAUAUUUAAAAGAAACUCAAGAAAUUAUAUAGUUAUAUGUGAUCCUAUCAAAGGUAUAAUAUUUCGGAACAUUUAUGACCGCAAAGAUAUUCUCCCAGAUCCUAUAGGAGGAUAUUUCGGAACGAAUACUACUCGCACUGAAAUUGAAUGUGAUGUUUAUGAACAAGUCGUCCUGUACGAUCACGUUCAAAGGAGAAAUUAUUGA